AUGCCAAGCCUGCCGGACUGGCAAAAUCAGUUUCGAGGCGCUGUAUCGCGACGGGUCAGAGGCAGGCUUCAGACUCAGCGAAAGGAGGUCUCACACGCCCGGAGGUUGAAGCCCGUGGCUCUUCAAGCGGAACCUUCACUCAAUGACUUGAUCCUAGCCAUCAUCAAUAACUACGUGCCUGAGGGCGAUACCUUCUCACCCAGCAGCAGCGUUGAACCAGCUCCCCGGAUCUGCGGAUCGUGGGUAGAAGUGCUUCCAGAGCUUGUCGGUAACAACACGGAUAAGGUGUUAGCCUCAGCAAUAAGGGCGUUUGCGGCAUCCAUCUUGAGCAGAGGCCCAAAGCAGAGAUUCACGAUAUCGGAGGGCCUCGAAGCAUACAACCAUGCCCUUGUCUCGGUCAAUGGUGCGCUCCGGUCUUCGUACAGCAAUUUUCCAGUUUCUACUGCGGCAGCGGUACUGUGCCUGCUCCUGGCGGAGCUCUUCCAUGCGACCUCUUUGGGGAGUUGGACCGCCCAUCUCCAGGGCCUCGCGGGCUUGAUGCAGCUGGCUCGACCCGAGGUUUAUGUGUCUGGUAUUCCGCAUAGGCUCUUUGUAGGGGCAAGACCCGCGCUGGUGGUGCUUGCAUUCUCCUCACGGAAGGCGUCGUUCCUUGCAAAGGAGGAAUGGAAAUCCAUACCAUUUCGCGAAACGGAUCCUUCUCCCGUACAGGCGCUCAUGACCGAGGCAGUCGCCAUCCCAUCCAUCCUCGAACGAAUGGAUAUCGGAGGUGACGGCGCUGCUGAGGAGGCCUUGCCAGCUUUCGAGGCCGUAUUAGCCCGACUGGACGCUUGGGCGGAUGGUUUCCGCUCUUCGGCGCCGGAAUCCUCCCCUCUGUUCUGGUUUCAGCCAUCAGAAGACGCUAAAGGAUCGAGCAUCUGGUUCCAGAACAUCACCGUGGCGAGUGCCCUCACCCACUUUUGGGCGUUUAGGGUCAUUUGCCUAAGGAACAUUGACCAGCUGCGGAUGUCCUGCGCACCCCACGACUCUAGCCAUAUACCCGACACAUCGACGUGCUUUGAGGAAGCCAAACGACUGUCAGUCAUGAUCUGCCAAAGCAUCGAGUAUUUGAUGCAGGACCGGAUGAAGCUCUUUGGUCCGACAUCCGUGCCUCUGCCCUUUUACACGGCGUACGAGACCUUCGAGGCAGGGGGUGACCGGGGCAAGGAAGAACUGGAUUGGUGCAGAGGGAUUCUAAGGAAUAUCCAAACCCGCGGUUAUGCGUUCCUGCCGUUAUAUACAGGGUCUAAGUAUUCGGAUAUGUUGGUGUCGACCUAG